AUGACUAUUGAAACUGGAAGCUUUGCUAAGCCGUAUGCUCCGCUGCGACCGAUGCUUACACUGGGUUUUAAAUCAUUUUCAGCAAGCAUUACUGUUCGGCACUGGCAGUUACGUGAUUUAGUAUCUGUUAGUGCAAAUUCAAAAGAUGAGAUAUUAUACCCUCAUGAAAAGAUUAUAUAUUCAUUAAAUUUAUCAAAGGAAAGGACUACAGUUGUUACAGAGUUUGAAUUUGAACCACGAUGCAUCCAGACAUACAAUGAUAUUGUUGCUGUUGGUGCACUACAAGAAAAUGGCCGAACCCAAGCCCGCAACAAUUCCCGUGGUUUAUUUGCUGUAUAUAAUCAGCAAACCGAGCUAAAUUGUUCUCAAGAUAUUGGCGAAUGCAUUAAUAACUCCAUUAAUUUAUAUUCAGACAACCCUACUUCCGACACAUCUCAGGUAAAGGCGAUAGUAUGCAAUAAUGAUUUUAAUUUAUAUUUUGUGGAUAUCAACAACUCGGGUAUUAAAGUAGCUGGCAAGACAAAAUUCAAAGUUGCUUUAAACCAUGCGUCAAUAUCACCAGACAGAAAAACUAUUAUUGCAUGUGGCGAUACUCAACAGUUAUAUGUGUGUCAUCCUGAAGAUAGAAAUUCAAGUUCUACAACGAUUGAUAAAACAUCAUGGACGACUACAGACGUGCUUGACAGUUGGUCUUCAUACGGGUUUUCAACAGCAUUUCAUUCAUCAGGCUUAAUAUUCGGAGCAGCUUUUGAAACGGGUAUUGCACAUUUAUACGAUAUGAGAAACUUGUCACAACCUCUGACAAAGAUAUACUCUACCCGACCACGCCAAAUCCAUGGUGCAUUUAGAUGUCUAAAGUUUUCACAAGGCCUUGAAGAUAUAGUUUUUGUGUCGGAACAGACUAGCCGUGUUCAUGCGAUUGAUCUUAGAGAUUUUGAUAACCAUCAAGUGUUGAUGGUACCAAAAAAGCUCAGUACAGGAGAGGGGUUACAGGCAACAGGGACACCAGCCUCUAAAGAUGGCCAGUAUACGCCUUGUAAUCGGGAUAGCGAUCCUGACAUAAUAAAACAGUACAGCGACAUGAUAAGCACAGGCUAUGCGACUGAGUUUUCAAAUGACAAUGAUGGACUACCUUAUUUAAAUAAUUCGUGGUCGAUGGAACCUGGAUUACCUCAUAGACGGUCUUAUUCUUCUUCAUACUCUGGGUCUCCACUUCUAACACUUUCGCCACCUUCACAUGUUAGUAGGAACUUGCCUUUAACAAGUUCUGAAGAAGCAUCUGACGAGUCACCAUUUGCUGAGGAAGAGGAAGAGAUUCCUGAAAUUCCCUCAUACUCUGUAUUUAGAAGUACAAGCGGGAGAUUAAGACGCAGUAGUAAUACUGGAUCUGAAUGGGAAAGUGAUUUUAUUGGAGGUAAUGAGUUAGCUGAUUCUAUUAGACAAGAGCUUAUCUCACCUCUCCGGGAUCUUUCAGGAAUCCAUGGAAUGCCAACACCUGGGUCCCAUUCCCGAUCUCGGUCAUUUGGCGCUAUGGCCACCACACAAGCAGCCGCACGGCGUACAUUUAUUUUAGAGCAACAGCUUGCUGAAGAGUAUAACAGCCCUGGUGCUAGAGGCUCAGGUCGCUCAGCCACCAAUUCUUUGCGCUCAUCGCCAGUACCAGCACCGUCUUCACUUGUAUCACCUAGCCCAGUAUGGGCCAGAAGAAAUUCCACAUCGGGAGAUAGAUGGGCAGCUGCUCGUAACCAUCAGUCUAGUGUAGGUAAUUCUGGCGAUGGAAUUGAUCAAGAUUACCGACAAAGUACAACAGUAACAGCAACAGCAACAGCAAUAGCAGCAGCAACGACAACAACAGCAGCAACGACAACAACAGCAGCAACGACAACAGCAGCAGCAAGUACUGGUAGUCGCAGCAGUCGGCGGCAGCAAGUAUAUUCUGAUAUAUCUACUGGUCCAGAUCUUCUUUCUUCAGCAUAUUCUGGUGUGGGGUCUUUAGGGUCGUCUGGGGCUACAGAUAACUUGUAUAAUAGCCAGGCAAGAUUAAGAGGAGGUGCCUAUAAUGUAGCUAGUUGGGCAAUGUCACCUCGGACAAUUAGGCCUGCUGGAAUGCAUGAUGGUGGAGUUUCAGGAAUAAGCUGGAUGGACCACGAGGGAGGAAGUCUUGUGGUUGGAUUAGAACGGGGGAUUGGUGUUUGGAAGGUGGAUUUGCUGGCGAGCCGCAUGUUCCCAAGCUACGAACAACGGUGA